UCAUUUUUUAAUUUUCAGAGAUCCAGAAUCAGCUCAAAGAACUGCUACUUAUUUGUCUUGGUCUCCCGAAGGGGGAAAUAAACUGGCCGUUGCAUAUGCUAUUCUUGAGUUUCAAGGUGCUCUAGGUGUUACAGUCAACAAUUCCUACAUUUGGGAUCUAGAUAACCCAAACCAGCCAUUUUUGACUUUGAAACCAUCUUCGUCACUACUGUGUGUGGAGUAUUGCCCCAAAGAUCAGAAUUUACUGGUUUCUGGAUGUUAUAAUGGACAACUUGCUUUGUGGGAUGUGCGUAAAGGCUCUACUCCUGUUGAAGUAUCUACAAUUGAGAACAGCCAUCGAGAUCCAGUGUACAGUACACUGUGGCUACAUUCAAAAACAAAUACUGACUGCUUCUCUGCCUCUACAGAUGGCAGGAUAAUGUGGUGGGACGUCAGGAAGCUGAAUGAACCAAUAGAAGUUCUUGUUCUGGAUCUUUCAAAAAAUCAACCUCCAAAACUAGACAAGGCACUCGGAGCCUGUUGUUUGGAGUAUGAAGCCACAAUGGUUGUUUUUUCUUUUCACUAUUUUUUUAGUUUUUAGAUAAAAUAUUUUUGCUAUAAAUAAAGUGUCAGAAUUAUUAGAAUAGGUGGCUAUUUGUGCUAGUAAUUACUGAUCAUAGCAUUCAUACCUCAUUGA